AUGGAUGCCAGCUGCCUGCAGCCUUUCAGGCUGGCGCGGGUCACCAAGGUGCUGGGCAGGCCUGGCUUGCAGGGACAGUGCAUGCAGGUGCGUAUAGAAUUUGCGGACGACACAAGCUACUCCAUCAUUCUCAAUGUGAAAAGCUCCAUGUGCGAGGGUAACCUGCCCACCCUGUUAGAGUCAGAGUGA